AUGGCUCUCCCGACCCGCGGCCGCGUUAUUAUCGACACAACUGUCGGUGAGAUUGACAUCGAACUGUGGUCCAAAGAAACACCCAAAACAUGCCGUAACUUCCUGGCCUUGGCAAUGGAAGGCUACUACGAUGGCGUCAUAUUUCACCGCAUUGUUCCCGGUUUCCUGGUCCAAACCGGUGACAAGACAGGCACUGGUGCCGGUGGGGAGUCAUUCUAUGGAGAGCCCUUUGAGGAUGAGAUUCAUCCUCGUCUCCGAUACGCCCACCGCGGUCUGGUGGCGAUGGCGAACAACGGGACCAAGAACUCCAAUGACUCGCAAUUCUUCAUUACCCUUGAUCGUGCGGAUGGACUACACGGGAAACAUACCCUCUUCGGGCGUGUAAUAGGCGAUACGCUGUACAAUGUCCUCAAAAUCGGUGAAAUGGAGAUUGGCGAGAAUGAGCGCCCAUUGUAUCCUCCAAAAAUCAAGACGGUGCGCAUCAUCGACAAUCCGUUUGACGACAUCGUCCCUCGCAUAACCGCUGAAGAGAAACGUACACAACAACGAGCCCGAGAGAAAGCACAGCGUGAACGAGAGGAAGAGCAACGGCGGAGAGGGGCGAAGAAGUGCGUCCUUAGGUGUGAUCGGCCGUGA